UAACAGCUUCCGCCUGUUCACAUGACAGGCGCCACUUCUCUUCUCUAAUUUCCACAGCCGAGAAAAUGGCUGCAUUUUUGCAGUGGAGACGCUUUGUCUUUUUUGACAAAGAGGCGAUAAAGGAUCCUGCAGACAGCGGGAAGCCCUUCAACUUACCACAAGGGAUUUCCGCCAGUGACUCCGGCCGGGGGCAUAUCGUUUUUGGAGAUAUGUCUGGACAGAUCUGGUUUCUGACUCGCUCUUCCCAGCUCUCCAACUUUCAAGCCUACAAGCUUCGAGUAACACAUCUUUACCAGCUGAAGCAGCACAGUAUCUUGGUGUCUGUGGGGCAGGACGAUGAAGGCAUCAACCCACUGGUGAAAGUAUGGAAUUUGGACAAGCGAGAUAGCAGCAGUCCUCUGUGCACACGCAUUUUUCCAGCCAUUCCUGGAAACAAACCUACAGAAGUGUCCUGCCUUACUGUACAUGAGAAUCUCAGCUUCAUGGCCAUUGGUUUUACAGAUGGCAGUGUGGUCUUGACAAAGGGUGACAUCACUCGGGACCGGCACAGCAAGACCCACACUUUGCAUGAAGGCAGCUGUCCAAUCACAGGGCUUGCUUUUCGUCAAUCGGGGAAGACCACACAUCUGUUUGUGGCAACACUGGAAAAAGUGCUGUGCUACACUCUGUCUGUAAAAGAGUAUCCCUGCACUGAGCUGGAUGUGCAUGGCUGCGCUCUGCGCUGCACCUCGCUGACAGACCCCUCGCAGGACUCUCAGUUCAUUGUUGCAGGGGAUGAGUGUGUUUAUCUUUACCAACCUGAUGAACGUGGACCAUGCUUUGCAUUUGAGGGGCAGAAACUCCUGGCUCAUUGGCACCGUGGCUACCUUGUGCUACUAAGCCGUGACAAGAAAUCUCCAAAUAAGUCACAAUUUGGCAGCAGGGAAACUCUGACAUCAGAGAAGCAGAUACUCAACAUCUAUGACCUUGACAAUAAGUUCAUUGCCUAUAGUGGAACCUUUGAAGACAUCAUUGAUGUUGUGGCUGAGUGGGGCUCUUUGCAUAUCCUGACACGGGAUAAUGGGCUGCUAGUGCUUCAGGAGAAGGACACGCAGACAAAAUUAGAGAUGUUGUUCAAGAAAAACCUUUUUGUGAUGGCAAUUAAUUUGGCAAAAAGCCAACAUUUAGACACUGAUGGUCUUUCCGAGAUCUUCCGCCAAUAUGGAGACCAUCUGUAUGUAAAGGGAGACCACGAUGGCGCCAUCCAGCAGUAUAUCCGGACUAUUGGAAAGCUGGAACCCUCCUAUGUAAUUAGAAAGUUCUUGGAUGCGCAAAGAAUUCACAACCUAACCGCCUACUUGCAAGCCUUGCACAGACAGUCCCUCGCUAACGCUGACCACACCACCCUGCUGCUGAAUUGUUACACAAAGCUAAAGGACAGCACCAAGUUAGAGGAAUUUAUCAAGACAAGUGAGAGUGAGGUGCACUUUGAUGUGGAGAUUGCCAUCAAGGUCCUACGCCAGGCUGGCUACUACCAGCAUGCUGUGUUUUUGGCAGAGAGACAUGACCAGCAUGAAUGGUACCUUAAGAUUCAGCUGGAAGACAUCAAGAACUAUCAGGAGGCAUUGUGCUACAUUGGUCGUUUGCCCUUUGAUCAGGCAGAGAGCAACAUGAAGCGCUAUGGCAAGACAUUAAUGCACCAUGCCCCUGAGGAGACCACUGACCUGUUGAAAGGGCUGUGCACCAACUACCAACCCAAUGGUGAAGUUGGCACUGUUUCUCUGGAAACACAAAGAAAGAAGGCAAAUGCUGAGGAGUUCAUUCACAUUUUUGCCAACCACCCACGGGAACUGAGGGCCUUCCUGGAGCACAUGAUUCAGGUUGAGGCUGAGUCGCCACAGGGCGUGUAUGACACACUGCUGGAACUUAGACUGCAGGACUGGGCACAUGAGGAGGACAUCAAGAAAAAGAAAGCCUUGCAGGGGGAAGCUUUAUCAUUGUUGAAAAGUGGAUGCUACAGCACUGUAUUUGACAAAGCACUUAUACUCUGCCAGAUGCACAACUUCAAAGAAGGAGUUCUGUACUUGUACGAGCAGGGCCAAUUAUACCAGCAGAUCAUGCACUACCAUAUGCAGAAUGAGGACUACGGAAAGGUAGUCGAGGCCUGCCAGCGCUAUGGAGACAAGGAGACAUGUUUGUGGGAGCAAGCACUUGGAUACUUUGCCCGCAAAGAGGAAGACUGCAAAGAGUAUAUUAGUGCUGUGCUGCAACACAUUGACCGCUACAGUCUCAUGCCACCUCUGCUGGUGGUGCAGACGUUGGCCCAUAAUUCAACAGCCACACUUUCAGUCAUUAAAGACUACCUUAUCAAUAAACUACACCAAGAGAGUGAACAGAUUGAGGAAGAUGAGCGUAAAAUUCGAACAUACCGGGAAGAGACUGCUCAACUCCGGCAAGAGAUUCAGGAACUGCGUAGCAGUGCAAAGAUCUUUCAGAAGACUAAAUGCAGUAUGUGUAACAGCCCAUUGGAGCUGCCAUCAGUGCACUUCCUGUGCAGCCACUCCUUCCACCAGCACUGCUUUGAAAGCUAUGCAGAAAGUGAGUCAGAGUGCCCUACCUGUGCACCUGACAACCGCAAGGUCCUGGACAUGUUGAGGGCACAAGAUCAAAAAAGGGAUCAGCAUGAACUCUUCCAGCGACAGCUCAAAUGCUCUAAAGAUGGCUUUUCUGUGGUAGCAGACUAUUUUGGUCGUGGAGUGUUUAACAAGCUGACUCUAAUCACUGACCCUCCUACGGGCAAGUCUACUACUAGCAGUUUGGAGGCUGACCUAAACAGAGAUCUUCUCAUCCACACCAAGAGAACAUCUUGAACUCUACAAUGUGUGAAGAUCGUGAAAGCUGUGGGACAUUUUUAUGUAGGUCUAAUAGGGUGAGGUGCAGAAGCUCCACACAACUGUCUGAAGUCACUUGAAGCACCUCAUCUCUCUUCACCUGCAGGAUGUGACUCUGGCGCUAAAGUAGGUUUCCUCUUGUACACAGACAUGUGCUACCAGACUGAAUCCUUCCCAGUUUGAUGAUAUCACAGUCUGCUUAGAGCACACACAAAGAGAAGAAUGCAGCAACUGUAUUUAAAAUGUCAGGCUGGUGUGACAAACAAGCGAGUCUCCGAAUGACUGAAACUGGUUGUUCUGCUUUGUCCCUUGCACGCAACCUGGAGAAAAAGGAGUUCACUAGGUCUUUGCAUCUUGUGUGCCUUAAGGCCCUUAAUCUCCGUCAAACCCAAUCAAUUCAUGUCUCCUCUCUCCUUCCCUUUUUCUUUUCUGAUCAUUUAUAAUGUCUUCUGUUAGGGUGACAUUUGUAUUGUCUGUGUUACAUUGGUGUGUCUGAAUUUGUUAUUGUUACUUGUUGUCUUUCUCUCUCUUACAUCAAAAUAUGAUAUGAAAUGUAGGAGAGAGCCCAGCAUUAUAAACGUAAAGGGCAAACAGACUAAAAUUAAAAUACAAUGCACACUAACAGAAUCUAUUUCAGUUAUCUGUUAAAUUUCCCUUGCUCUGUCCUAUGCCUAUUGCUGGUGUGCCCUGUGUUUCUGUUUUAUGUCAGUCAUUUGCUUUUCUGCAGUGUGCUGACUUUUUGUCUUUUGUCCUCUGUUGCCACAAGACCCGAUUCUUUUUAAUGUCUUGCAUUUCUAAUGUCUGUCUUUCUGUAUGUCAUGAAUCGGUGUACUGCUGUCACCCAUGUCUCUCUUUCUCUUACAUCUUUCACUUCAUCAGGAGUCUACACAAUCUAUUUAUAACUAAGGUUCAAAUUUGUACUUCCACUUUGUCCUCUGGUCUGACCCUUACAGAUUUAUUGUAAAUAUAAUUUAUAUUUAAAGCAAAUGCAUUAAAUACUACUGGUCAAACUGCUUUGGACACCAGUAGAUUUUUUUUUUGGCUCAAAUGAUGGCUUGUGUCUUGACUCUUAAGAUGGGGUUGGAAUUUUAGAAAAUAGCAGGGUAUGAUGAGAAAUGAUGUGCUUUUAGUGUUGAAAUGAGGAGGCACUUCCUUAUAGAGGAUGUUGUGGAGGUAUGAUGCUGUCUUAAUUGUUAAGAAAUGGCUGGGUAAGAUGCUUGAGUAUUGUGCUAUUAGUCCAUAAACUGGCAUAAUGAGAAAA